AUGGAUCCUGUUCAGCAUGACUUGUUAUCCCAGCCGCUGCCAAAGGAGAAUGUGUCGUAUAAGAUUGAUCCAGCCCGACUUCUUAGCGCAUUCUAUUCGUUCUUCUCCGAUGUUGCUUCUGCAUAUACCAAAUCCGACCACCAUUCCAGUCUCACAACCGCCGGCACCCCGCAUCCGACAGCCAUCUCGAGCACCCCGUCUUUAACAGCUGUCUCAAGCACCUCGAUGGCCAAGGGUAUCUCGACGGGCACCUCGAGUGCCCCGUCUUUAACAGCUUCCUCAAGCACCCCGAUGGCCACGGGCAUCUCGACGGGCACCUCGAGCGCCCCGGCUUUAACAGCUUCCUCAAACACCCCGAUGGCCACCUCGAGCACCCCGAUAGUCACCCCGAGCACCCUGCAUUCAACAGCCACCCCAAGCUCCUCGAACUCGCGUGGAACCGCGUCGACUGCAUCGCUCACAUCCGCAGUCAAAAAGAAUAAUGGGGGCACUAUCGCUGGUGGGGUUGUCGGCGGCCUAAUCGCCCUGUUCUUGCUACUCGGCGCCCUGCUUCUCUGGCUGCGUCACAGGCGGAGAAAGCGCACCGCUCCCUCCAGCGAAUUCAUGGCUGCUGCGGGGCUCACGCAAUCUGUUUCCCGCCCCUCGCCAAUGUCUGUCGAGAAAGAGGAAGAAACAUCACCAGCGUUCACCUCUGCCGCAUGCCCCGACCCGCUUUACGAGAAAGUGCGAGCAUACGUAGCGGCAGUACAGCAGCAGCAUUAUCAGGAGCACGUUCCGAGCCCGUCCAGGUCUUCUUGGGAGAAACCACUAAGAAGCGACAAGAGCUUCCUUAUUGAAUAG